GCGUAGAGUCGGGCGAACGCUCUCUGGAGUUUAUUUCUGGGGCGCUGAUGGAGUGUUUGAACUUCCCACUGGCCCUUAUUCUGUUCCUGUCAUCCGCCCGGGCUGUCGCCGGAGGCUCCGGCAGCCAUAGCCUUUGCUUGCUCGUCCAGGACACCCAGCCCUUCCUAGAAUACUCUCAGAGCCGUCUGUCAACUCUCAGCGAUGCGGUCCCCACAGGCUCAGCAGCGCGCUACCUUGUGACGUCACCGAGAGGCGAGGCGGACUCUAGCGGCCAGAAGAUAUCCUCUUUUCUUAUUGGCUAAUGAAGACGUCUGUCAAGACGCGUAGCUCUUUCAGUGAUCGCUGAGUGUGGCGUCCUCGUAGGGUGUGAGGCCUGGGCUCCUAGCCGGUUCGCAGUGCGCCCGCCCUUACCAUCGGGGGCUCGGCUUCGGCUCGUCCCAGGCGGGCGGCUGUCGAAUCCGGAGGAGGAGCUCGAGGACCACGGCCCGCGUUGCGCAGGCGGGAAGAUGGCGGCGGCCUCGGUCUCGGCGGCUUCGGAGUCUCAUUUUUCGAACAUCAUAGCUGAACCAUUGAGGUCUAACGGAAAUAUGGUUCGUCAUUCUCCAUCUCCAUAUGUAUUAUAUCCACCUGAUAAGCCUUUCCUUAAUAGUGAUCUGCGACGCUCCCCAAAUAAGCCCACACUUGCCUAUCCAGAAAGCAACAGCAGAGGUAACCAACUGGAACAAACCAUUUUUUCUGCUCUUAAGAAUCUUCAAGAUAAGAUUCGACGCUUGGAACUGGAAAGGAUUCAGGCAGAAGAAAGUGUGAAAACCUUGUCUAGGGAAACAAUUGAAUAUAAGAAAGUACUGGAUGAACAGAUACAAGAGAGAGAGAAUUCAAAGAAUGAAGAAUCAAAGCACAAUCAAGAACUGACAUCCCAGCUGUUAGCUGCAGAAAAUAAAUGUAGUCUUUUAGAAAAACAAUUGGAAUACAUGAGAAAUAUGAUAAAGCAUGCAGAAAUGGAGAGGACAUCUGUCUUAGAAAAGCAGGUUUCCCUAGAAAGAGAACGGCAACAUGAUCAAACUCACGUUCAGAGCCAGCUGGAAAAACUGGAUCUUCUUGAACAGGAAUACAACAAACUUACCACGAUGCAGGCCCUUGCAGAAAAAAAAAUGCAAGAAUUGGAGUCUAAACUCCGUGAAGAAGAGCAGGAAAGGAAGCGUAUGCAGGCUCAGGCAGCAGAGUUGCAGACUGGUCUAGAAGCAAAUAGACUUAUUUUUGAAGAUAAGACAACUUCGUAUGUUCCAACCAGCACUAGAAAAAUUAAAAAAAAGAAGUCAAAACCACCAGAAAAGAAAGGUUCUAGAAACUAUUUUGGAGCGCAACCACACUACAGAUUGUGCUUAGGCGAUAUGCCCUUUGUAGCUGGAAAGUCCACUAGUCCCAGCCAUGCCGUCGUAGCCAAUGUUCAGCAUGUCUUGCAUCUGAUGAAGCACCACAGUAAAGCUCUGUGCAAUGAUCGAGUUGUUAACAGUGUUCCCUUGGCAAAGCAAGCUUGUUCACGAGGUAGCAAGAGUAAGAAGUCAGUGACACCUCCCUCCGGCAGUAUCAGUGAAGAACUGUCAGAUGUCUUACAGACUCUACAGGAUGAAUUUGGGCAAAUGAGCUUUGAUCACCAACAGCUUGCUAAACUCAUCCAGGAGUCACCAACUGUGGAACUGAAGGACAACUUGGAGUGUGAAUUGGAGGCUUUAGUCGGGAGAAUGGAAGCAAAGGCCAACCAGAUAACUAAAGUCCGGAAAUACCAAGCCCAGCUGGAGAAACAGAAUACAGAUAAACAGAAAAAGGAAUUAAAAGCUAACAAAAAGACCCUUGAUGAAGAAGGAAACAGCAGUCGUUCAUCUGGAGUCACAAGGACCACAAGUAAGAAGGAUUUUGCCAAACAGAGACCUGGAGAAAAAAGCAGGAAAAAUCUUCAGUUACUGAAAGACAUGCAAACCAUACAGAACUCAUUGCAGAGCAGUAAUCUGUGUUGGGAUUACUGACACCAGAUCAUAAAUGAUGUAUCUUACUGGACAAUGACAAUAGACUUUCCAGGUUUCAUGCUUGCUAAUGUUGCCAUUACUAGCAGGUGUUAAAGGGCCCAAGCUUCAUUACACAGUCUCUUGUGUUAUGCAGCACAACUAAAUGGAAAUGGAGUUUUUACCGUCCGAGAAGCUGUGCUGUAUCUUUGAAUUUGCUAUACUCAUAUACUGCACUUUGUAAACAAAUGACCAGUUUUAUACUUGUGGAUAUGUUUAAGUAGGAAUAUAUGUAAAUUGGGUUUGAAAAUUCAGAAUAUGAGGCUGUCCCCAUAGUCCGUGCUUGAAAAGUCUCUUGUUUUUAAAUCUUCCCAUGGUGUGAAGUAACCACUACUUUCCCUUCUCCAGAUGACCAUUAAAUGUAUUGUUUCCAACUACAGAUAGAGGCUUUCUGUAUUUAAGUAUUUAUAUAUUUAAGAGGACUUUGUUUUGUUCUGUUUUUUGGUGUUUCAGAUGUUGAUCAGUAUGAAAUCACUCUUAAAGACUCAAACAUUUUUAAGUAAGUUACCCGUGAAAUAUAUAACAUCUUCUAAAACUAUAAACAGUUGUUAAGGAAAUAAAUGAAAUUUUGGAAUAAAUAAUUAGAAGGGGGAUGUUAUGAAAUGUACACAUUUGCAGUUUUUAGACAAUACCUAUUUGUAAUCAUGUUACUCAGUUAAACACUGGUUUUAAUCUUGAUUCUUUGAGAACCCCAGGCUUUUAGUGUACAGAAUAAGGGUAGUAUGUGAACUGAACACACCUGACUAUCAUCAUGUCAAUGUAAAUUAUAAUUAUAAAUUUGAAGAGAUUAUUAAAUUUGGUACUGAAAUCAAUAAAGCAACUUUUAAACUUCA